AUGAGUCAAACAUCUCUGAAACAGAAAAAGAAGAAUGAGUCUGGAACGAAAUACUCAAGAGAAAGUCUAGAAUCAGAGAAAAGACGGGAGUCUGACAAAUCAGGAACUCGUGUGAAAACUCAGAUGAGGCAUGCGGUCAAUCCGAAUCACUGGCUGAGAUGUUGCCCCAUGCGUGGUCACCUGGCGUGUAGACAUUGCCUUAGGGCACCUGAGGGAACAGUCCUUCUUGGCCCCUGCUGCACAAUACGUAUUUAUAUUCACAUGUGCCUGUUGUGGGAACAGGGCCAGCAGAUCACCAUGAUCAGGGUGAGCAGAGAUGGAACUACUGAUUUUGUAGGGGAGCCACAGUCAGUCUGGGGAUCACAAGAAUUAUCAUUGCCGAAGACAGAUUCUCGAGGGUACCUCGUGCGAAACCAGUGGUCCGGAACCUCACGAAGCCCAUCCAUCAGAGCCCCAUCAUUAGAGGAGCCCAGAAGCAAGAGUGCCAAUCUUAAGGUCCCCACAAGCUCCACAACCUCCCAGACGUCAUCCACCUCCCAGAGCCAGCACGAGUCCACGCAGGAGCUGCCCCUACAGUCCUCCCCACCCACGCCGCCCGUGGCUCACACGCCCCCAGGGUUUCUAGACCCCCAGAGCCCUCCCACACCCCCUGAGCCCCAGGCUCAGCCUCAGUCCCAGCCCCCGUCCAGGCGCAGCAACAAGAUGCAGGAGAACCAUGAAGCCUGGGUGCAUGGCACUGUGCGGGACUACCGGGACUCCCGGGACAUGCAGCAGCGGGAAUAUCCGCGCACGCCCCCCAGUGAAUGGAAGUCCUAUGGCCAGCGCAAGACCACCUAUACCUCCCAGCUGGACCGCGACUAUAUGCCCGACCUGUCUCGGCAGCGGGAGGAUGAGAACGAUGACGAGGAAGCCUACUGGUCAUCCGUGAAGACACUGUAUGAGAAGACCCCGGGCUGCUCACGCCCCCGGCCGCCAAAACCCAGGCAUGCCAUCACCAUCGCUGUGUCAUCCCAGGCUCUCUUCAACAUGGUGGACGGCAAGAAAAUCUAUGAGGAGGAGGGUCUGGAAAAGUACAUGGAGUAUCAGCUCAGCAAUGAGAAUGUCAUCCUGACCCCUGGGCCCGCGUUCCGCUUCAUCAAGGCCCUGCAGCAUGUCAAUACUAGACUCCAUGAUCUGUAUCCGGAUGAACAGGACUUAUUUGAUAUUGUACUGAUGACUAAUAACCAUGCCCAAGUGGGAGUGCGGCUUAUAAACAGCGUCAAUCACUAUGGCUUACUAAUUGACCGCUUCUGUCUGACUGGAGGGAAAAGCCCCGUUGGCUAUUUGAAGUCCUAUCUUACCAACCUGUAUCUUUCUUCCGAUUCUGAAAAAGUACAGGAAGCAAUAAAAGAAGGGAUCGCCGCUGCAACAAUGUUUGAUGGAGCCAAGGACAUAUCGUACUGUGAGACACAGCUCCGCGUGGCUUUCGAUGGGGACUCUGUCCUCUUCUGUGAGGAGUCCGAACAUAUUACCAAGGACCGUGGGCUGGACAAAUACUUUCAACAUGACACAGUAUUUGACAACAAGUCUCUGGCUCAGGGUCCCUUGAAAAGCUUUCUGGAAGAUUUAGGCAGACUGCAAAAGAAGUUUUAUGCCAAAGACCAACGGUUAUGUUGCCCUAUCAGGACCUACCUGGUUACGGCCAGGAGUGCAGCCAGCUCAGGUGCUCGAGUGCUGAAAACCCUUCGCCGGUGGGGUCUAGAGAUAGAUGAAGCCCUUUUCCUUGCUGGAGCCCCCAAAGGUCCCAUCUUGGUGAAAAUACGGCCCCAUAUCUUCUUUGAUGACCACAUGUUCCACAUUGAAGGGGCACAGAAAUUUGGCACUGUCACAUCUCAUGUACCUUAUGGCAUUAAUCAGAAAUUGAACAAUUAG